AUGCCUGACAUUGUGCACAGAGGUCAAAAGGUGUGUUAUGGUGAUUUCAAGCAUCCCUGUUACAAGAUAGCAUAUUUCCAGGAUGUGUCGAGACGCGUGGGCUUUCCGGAGGCCCGUCAAGCCUGUAAAAUUGAUGGUGGAGCUCUUCUGAGCCUGGAAAGUGAAGUGGAACAGAAACUAAUAGAAAACAUGUUACAAAAUCUCACUAAAUCAGGCUCUGGAAUUUCUGAUGGUGAUUUUUGGAUUGGACUGUGGAGAAGUGGAGAGGGGCAAGCUACAUCAAACGCUUGCCCUGACCUCUAUCAAUGGGCUGAUGGAAGCACUUCACCAUUCAGAAAUUGGUACACAGAUGAGCCUUCCUGUGGAAGUGAAGCUUGUGUUGUGAUGUAUCAUCAACCAACUGCCAUCCCUGGCCUGGGGGGGCUUUAUCUUUAUCAGUGGAAUGAUGACAGAUGCAACAUGAAGCACAAUUAUAUCUGCAAGUAUGGUCCAGAUUAUGUCCUAGAGAAAGAAUUAGGAGACAGAGCAGAACCAGAUUAUGAGGUUUUUCCACCAGUGACAUCAGGAAGCCCUUCUGAUGCAAGCAAACCGGAAGAUCACUAUCAUGUUGUUGUUACUGAAACAGGUUUAAUUCCAAAUCUAAUUUAUGUUGUUAUACCAACUAUACCACUGCUGCUAUUGAUAUUAGUGGCUUUUGGGACUUGCUGUUUCCAGAUGCUACAUAAAAGGGGAGCAAGGAGAAACUGCUUCAAAGACCCAUCUCCAUUAUCAUCUGAAUGUCUUGCAGAAAGUUUAAAUUCCAACCUGUCGUUCCUCACUACACUCCAUCAACAACAAAGACGAUCUGAAUUAAUGGAUAGGUGUAUGUCUGAAAGCCCCAUACCCCACCACAUCCUGGAUUUGGGCCAUGGAAGGAUCAAAUUUGCUGAAAAUAGUUUACAUUUUUAUUUUUCAGUAAAGGAAGAACAAAAACCAGUCCAAACCAGUCCACACUAUGGAUUUCAAAGAACACCAGGAAGGACAGUAGCAUGGAGGUAUAAAGAUUUAAUGACUGAAAAUGAAGCAAAAACUAACAUUUUACAGUCAGGCUCUAUUGCAGUGUCAUCUCAGAACAUUAGCUUGGAAUGGCUUGAAAUGCAAAGGAUCAGCAAGAUGAACUUACAUGAAGAAAAUGCAAUGCACUGGAAUGUUACUGACAGAAAAAUGUUAUUGACACUGGAACGUUACCGACAGUAG